GAACGUUCAUUCUUAAUAAUGAUCACUUUCGCGACGACAGGUUAGUCCACAGCUUCUGGUUUCUGGUCCGUUGGUAGUACUAAUAGUGUCCUAAGAAUGGCUUCGCUGGCACAUAAAUAUAAGCCCUCUCCGUCAUUGAAUCGGCCAGGUCUCUACAACGAUCUCAGGCACAUGGACUCUACUUUUAUGCCUUUGAGGAAGGUAUCAAUUUAUUGAUCAUUACACGUCCUGUCACCUGUGGCUUCAGUGCCUCGUCCAAUGAUGGCCCUGUGAGAGAAUGUUACCCCGGUGUCUUACCGCACCCCGGUGUCCUCACGUCGCGCAGCUCCAUGUUAACUGCACUGGCCCCGCCUACAGAUAUUUUCUCGUCCCUUUUCGUCACGUGCCCUCUCAAAGAGACGCCGUCAUUUGACUACAAAGGCUAGACAGAUGAUCUGGGCACGAUUGCGUCCCCUUAUUUUCAUAUAUUGUCCCAGAGAUGCUGCGCUGGCUACUUGUUGUGCCCGCCUUAGCGGCAGCUGGCAUCCUUGUGUUCACUAAUCCUCUAAAAUUCUACAGAGAGCCGCACAAUGCACCACCCCCACCCCCACAGUGUUGGGCACAGGCCUGGGUGAGAGCGCCUGACAUGGUUCCCGGCGAUGUCAUUGCAGGAGACGUCAGGAUUAAACUCAAUGGACCAGCAUGCGCUGAUGUCGAGAGCUAUGGCCUUGGCUUGCGCUACAAGGAAAUGAUCUUCUGGAAGUUGAGACCAGAAUCCAAAUACAGCUCUAUGGACUCGACUCGUGAUGUGUUUCGCGCCCGGAUGCCUCUCCAGCACUCUGGGAACCCACAUUACAACGAAUUGCCACUAAGGGCGCUCGAGUGGGCAUCCCAGAAACCUGAACAUAAUAAGGACUUGUGGUCUGUGCACGAGGAAGAACGGAUUGCUUUUGAGAGCAAGACUCUUCUGGUUGGUGCGGAGAGGGCAGAUCCAUCGCUAACAACCUUCACAAGCCAAUUCGGGAUUCUGGUGCCAAAUACAAACUACCCUCCAGGAUAUGACUACCGUUAUGGUGUGCGGGGCAGGCGAGAUUUCGUUGGAGAUGUGGAUGUUAUACGAAGCGAAUCGAAUUACGAGUACUUCGUCGAGAUCAGGUUUAGCAAUGGCACGACUUGGAAUAUUCCUGCGGGAAUAACAGCCUUCAACCCGUUCUACGUCUCAACUGAAGAUGAAACGCCCAGUGUUAACGUAUCUAUGUCACCCGUAGGCCCUGGUCAGAGACCGCAGCAAAGGGAACAACUGCUCGAUAAACUGUCGAGCAACUACACGGUUGAGGUAUCCUUUCCCGAUGGAGCUCGGAUUAAUCAAGACUCGUCAGUGAAUAUCACGGCCACUGUUCAUCGGACAGGAUACACGAGUCGGACAGACAUUCCUUUGGAGUUGUGCGUGUCUUCGACACCCGCCAACGAAUGGCGUCCUCGGGAGCUCAAGAACCGAUCACAGCCAGGCAUGUCAUACGUCAAGGCAUUGGUCCCAUCCAUAUUUUCCUCCAUGGACCCCUCUAGGCAGCAAUCGCGAAACUUUCAGGUCUUCCAACGUCCAUGCAGAGAGAUCAAAUUUGUGGCAGCUCCUGCAGACUUGACUCACGAAGGCCACAUUUCUUCCACGUCCUCUGAACCACUUUCAUUAUCCGUCCAAGUGCCUCAGGAUUCUGCUCAUGCCUUUUCAACGUACUAUCAGAAUUUGGGACAUCGUGUCAUUCUGACUCUCCGAGUCAAGCCCGAUCCAUCAGAGCCAUGGGAGAAUGAUUUUGAGAAGCAAGUAUGGGAGCAGCAGAAGCAUCGAUGGUGUCAGCAGACUAGAUGGAUGGAUGAAGCUGAUUUUGAUUGGGUGCCCUGGUCGUUUCCCACACAGGAUCGUCUCCGAUUCCUGUAUGGCAACGCCGAUGUAGCAUUCAGUCCAAUGCAAGACCAGCGUCCUGUGCAAAUAACGCCAGUUCACUACCUGUCAAACGAAGCUCGCCAACCAGUAUUUGUCGAUGUGUCAGAUAUUGCUGACCUCCGGUCAAUGACGACCGAGGAACGCGAUCUCCUUGCCCCAAUUGCGCAGCCGUCUAUCAAGGUGUCUGAAGGAGGAGAGCUUCCUAAUUGGUACUUCACCCCCAAGUACAUGAUAAUGGAGCACAUGGAGCAGCCCAUAUAUGUUGGCGACACCUGGCUCAAUAAAGUAUUGUCGGUGGUUGCUGAAGGCCAGCACGAGGAAGGUAUGGACGUGUUUCUCGAUAUGCAGUGAAUAAGAGUAUCAGGUUCUCCGUUGAUGUAUUUAGAGGCAUAUGAUCGGUAUUCAAGUUGUAGUGUAUGCUCGUAGCGCUGUGUACAUUUCAAUUCAACGCCCCCAAUACUUAAUAUUUUCUUGGAC